CCAGGCGCGCCUUGAAGGUCACCAGCGUUUGCACCUCCUCGUAGAAGCGGGGUAGCGCGGCUAGCAGUUCGUCCGGCGAGAUGUCGGCGUCCGUCCCGGUGUUACCCAGGUAGUGUUGCAGGUAGUGGGCGAAGUGCGGUUGCUGCUGUUGCUGUUGGGCGGCGAGGGCGUAGAGUUGAGUUUUGGUGGUGUGGUCGGCCGCGGUGGCCCGCUGGAAUUUCCAGGGAAAUUGGGCGGCGUGGUCGGUGGGUGGAGGGUCGUGGGGAGGGGGUGGGAGACUGAUGCCCACGCUGGAGACCGCGAGGGUCUGGAGCAGGAGGAUGAGGAGGAGAGGUAUACGCAUGGUGGGUGUGGUGUGAGGGAGUAGCUCUUGGGUAGUAUGCGGGGUUGGACAAACGCGCUCAGCAGCAGUAGUAGCAAAGAAAGCCAGAACCACCACAGAAUUAGAAUCGGAACAGAAAAGACAGACACCAGAGGGGAGAAAGAAAAGAGCGAAAGAGAGAACGACAGACCCUCAGACCCUCCUGGCCGGUUAACCUCAACCCUAGUCGGAAACCUCCAUCAACCUCAAACGCAAGCAGUGGAGAGCGGGAAAAGCAUUGCACCUAUCACCAGGCUGCAUGGCUGGAUCGACAACGGUCACACCCGGAUUCAGACAUGGAUCUUCCGACGAUUCGUGAUGCAGGGUCAGGGUCGUGAUCGAGCACCUGGAGCUUCAGAUUUACUUGAUGCUGAGGAGUGGAGGGGUGAGCAAACGGUGCUUCCGUCUGAUGAUGUUGAUGAUGACCGGGGGAAUGCAGUAGCAGCUGACGAUUGCCUGAUUCCGGCCUGCAGCAGCUGUCAAACACGACGGUCAAGCAUAGUCUGGCAGUGGGGCUGCCCAGUCGACGGACCCACUGGGCUGAAUCUGGGCCUUUCCCUUGUCGGCUUGGGGGGGGUUGGCGUUUGACUGGCGUUUGCUGGCCAUUGCAGUUUCUGGUAGUCUCCUUAUUAACACUUUUCCCGUUGCCCAGUCCUUUCAUUCACGCCUGUGGUCUCUCUAUUAGCACCCAGGCCUUUACCUAGUAUUCUAUUAACGGCCGUGCUUUUUAUCCGGUUAAGUUAUCAACACUUUUCUCUGCC